UGAUAAACUUCAGAAUGUUUAUUUACGAUUGUGAAAUUAACGGGAUAAUUUAACGAUUGUUACAUUUUGAAAAAUGUUGGAGGCGCGUUUGAGUCCGACUUUGCUUUUAAAAAAGAUAAUUGAUGCUUUAAAAGAGAUUAUCGCCCAGGGAACGCUGGACUGCAGCGACUCUGGACUGCAGCUCCAGUCAAUGGACAAUUCGCAUGUGUCACUAGUGGCCCUGAGUCUGCAAUCGGAUUGUUUCACGAAGUUCCGCUGUGACCGCAAUGUCUCCCUCGGAUUGGAUCUCAAAUCGCUGGCCAAGGUGCUCAAGUGCGCCAAUAGCGAUGAUACGGUCACAAUCAAAGCCACCGACAAGCCGGACAAGAUUCAACUCAGCUUCGAAUCGGAUGGCAAGGAACGCACGGCGGACUACGAACUGAAGCUACUGAAUCUGGACCAGGACCACUUGGGCAUCCCAGAUACGGACUACGCCUGCGUCGUCCAGUUGCCUUCGAUGGAGUUCGCUCGCAUUUGCCGGGACAUGAGCAUGUUUAGUGAGUCCCUGACGAUCGCCUGUACCAAGCAGGGCAUCAAGUUCUCGGCCAACGGAGAUCUGGGUUCGGCCAACAUCCAACUGAGCGAGGGCUCCAAAAUGGACGUGAGCAUCGAGGUGAAGGAUCCGUUGACGCAGACCUUCGCCGGGCGUUACCUGAACACCUUUACCAAGGCCACUCCUCUGGCGGAUCGCGUGAAGAUAUGCCUGGCCCCCGAGGUUCCCUUGCUGGUGGAGUACCCCAUUGAGGACUUCGGCUACUUACGAUACUAUCUCGCGCCCAAGGUGGAUGAUCCCGAUUCUUAAUUGCUAAUUUAAAAUAAUUAACUUACCUUCUUCUGACAAAAUUUGUAUAAAUACUAAGAACUUAUUUCAAAAUCUUUCGAUUUUGAAAGCCAUAAAUAGCUAUUUUUUUAUAAAUUGGUUUUUAGCGCCAUUUAAUUCUAACUGAUUUGUAGUUUAAAUAUUGUUUGCUUAAUAUGUUAUAUUUUUAAAAUAAAUGUUAAGUAUUUUUUAAAACAAA